AUGUCUCACUCUUCAACCUCAUCUCAAAUCUCCAUCUCCCCACCACCAUCUCCCAGACUCCCAUCUCUCACCACGACCUCACCCUCAACCACAAACUCUCACACCAACACUUCCCGCGAUUCAAACCUCCACAACAACUCACAACCCACAACCUGCCACUGCGAGAUGGUCUACAAAACAUACCGCAACUGCAACCACCAAGUCCCCGAACAAACCCUCCACGCCAAGGAUUGCAAGCACUAUGACGAACACGCCUCCGGCUCGUGCGAUGGGAAGAGGACGUUGAGUCGGGUUUUGCUGCCGGAGGAUGGGGAGGAGGAGAAUUGUCCUUUGUGUCGGGAUUUGUGGUUGGGUGAGCGAUUUAGGGGAGUUUGGUAA